UGGUACUGCGGUAGGUGCCGAGCACACCGCCUGCAUAUAGCGUUCCAUGUAAGCUUCUUUUUCCUGAGGUUGUCGGGCUGCUGGAUGGUCCUCGCGGCGCGUGCCUCAGGUAGAAAUGGUCGAACUCUACUGCUCGUGGUAGCAAUCAUUGUGCUGGGAGCUAUCCUCACCCUCACUACCUCUCCGGUACUCCAGCGCGCGAACGAUGCCGCGCCCGGGGUCAUCGAGGGGAAGCUGGAUGACUUGCACGCGACCGUCCGAGACCUGAAGGCAGCGACGCCCGCGGGCGACGGGCGCAACCACGUCAUCGAGGGGAAGCUGGAUGACUUGCACGCGACCGUCCGAGACCUGAAGGCAGCGCUCGAGGCCAGCAGCGAGGCCGGAGCGCCUUCGCGCAGAGAGCACGUACAACGCAGAGACGACGUGCAAGCGAAGGCAGUCGCCAAGGCGGACUUUGAAACGGAUUUUCAGUGCCGGCAGAACCAAGGCGCCGCGGAGACCUGCCAGAUUCGGUGCGCGGGCGGCUGUGCGAACGCUGUGCAAUUGUGUAACUCGCUGCCCCAUUGCAUAAAAGUUAGUUACAACGCCAAGAGGACGUGGGCGACGCUCAAACGGAAGCCGACGGCGGACGAGAUACGGCGGCACGAAACCAGGAAGGAAAUAUUAAAUAACGAUAAGCUCGACCUCGCAAAGACCGUCGCCCGCGAAGGCUGGGAGAGCUCUGAGGUGCGCGUCACCGCUAAUCAAGCGACGAGGGGCGCGCUCGCCUCGUGUCCGGGGUUUUACAACGGCAAUUGUAAUGAGCGAGGCGAGAACUUACUGGGUCGAUGUUUUUGCAUCGCUGGCUACACGGGCGCGCGGUGCGAGGUCGCCACUGCGAAACCUCCGUGCACGAACAAAGACGACCGCUGCUUUUACGCGGAGGACGCUGGCAUUUUUGUGAUCAGUCCCUCGCGCUGGCGGAAGGCGCAGUGGGCCGAGGGACAGUUGUGGACGCAAAAUUGGAACGUGAACGCGAGGACGGGGGAUCGAGUGGACGACCACAUGAGAGACUUUAAUUUGUAUAGAGACGUCGGUGCCCCUGGCACAAAUCUCGGGAACUUCAUCGAAGUCGGUGCCGGACCGUGGACCCAAAGCCUCUGGAUGAUCCAGCAACGCAAAUUUCAGGUCGAAAACUAUGUCAUCAUGGAGCCCGGAGCAUCGUCAUACAUGAACACGGUGGAGACAUGCGUUUAUAGGGACGGCGAAGUGCGAGGAUUCGAAGGCAGGACGUUGAUCAUAAACGCCGGCGCGGAGAGGUUGGACGUGUUCGAUCAAGCCUUCGACACGCUCAUGAUGAUCAACGUGAUCGAGCACGUCGAAAAUGGCAUCCGAAUCCUCCGAAAUAUCUACAAUGCCCUCAAGCCUGGAGGCCUGCUUAUUUUUAACGAGUGUGUUUUCCGUGUCAGAAACUUCGAGAUCCCUACCGCGUCAACCCCCCACGCCAUCGACGCGACAUGCCCUAAAGAAUGCAUCAUUGCGUGACCAAAAAAACGAUCGUCGAUGUCCACACAGUCGUUGGUGGGACAGCGAAGGUCCCCCUGGCAAAAAAAGGAGCCUGUUCGACCUCGACGUUCUCUAUCAUCCCGUGCGCAUGAAACGGGCCGUGUUCGACCAGUUCCUCUCGGGAUUUGACAAGGUCUACGAACGGAGAGACCAAGACGCCGAAUCCUUCCGGCGGCACAAAUACACGGGGACGUACUUUAUCGGGCGCAAGAAGGCGGCGCCGUGCACUUGAAUCUCAAACUUGAAUCAUGGCACUUCCAAGUCGUCGAACUAGUACUACUAGUCUUUCAAAGUUCGAGUCGCAAUUUUAAAUUUACUACUACUUAUUUAUGUACAGGAGGCCUGACACUAGGUGGC